UUGAAUUUGAGCAAAUACUGCAGCAACACUAAAGCAGUUCCAUCCAAUGCAGCAGGGCUCCAACUGAGGAAUACUGUUUCUGCAUCAAGUCUUCAUGCCCCCAAAUUAACACGUUUUUCCCAACUAUCUUUGGGAAGAAAUAUGGGGAUUAUUGAAUAUGGUGCAUUAGCGAAGACGAAGAUCAAAGAAGAUCAAUGGAGGGUGUGGUGCAGCCACAAUGAUUCAAGUGCUGAUCAUCAAAGAUCCUUGCCUUCUCCUGUAGUGUCCCUAAUCCAAGAUUUCUACUCCGCCAUCAAUUAUAAGGAUCUCCAAAAGCUGGAUCAGGUUCUUGCAGACGAUUGUGUGUUCAUAGAUCUCAUUUUCUACAAUCCAUUCGCCGGAAAACAGGGCAUCAUAAACUUUCUUUCACAUGUCAUGGAAGCAAUGGGACCAAAUAUUCAUUUGGUGAUGAGCCACGUCAAGGCACAAGACAAUUCUUGUGCAACUGUAGAUUGGAAUUUAGCAAACCAUGCUCUGGAGCAGGCGUGGCACCUAGAGAGGGCAUGGCACCCUGGAGUGUGUUCCUGGAGCAUGCAUGGCACCUUGGAGCGUGGUAUGGUGUUUUGGGAGCGUGUCCUGGUACGUGGAGUUGGCGUGGCGCCCUAGAGCGGGCAUGGUAGACCAUGCUUGGAGCACUCAUGCUCAAUUUGACUUUGAUGUUGGAUUUUUGGUUUUUAUGUUCUUCUUUAUGAACUUCUUCAGUUGGUAUGGUAUACA